AUGGCGGACCCAGUGGCUAACGUGGAUCUCGUGGCAGUCGAGGUGGUGGUCGCGGUGGUGGAGCUACUGCUCCUAUCCACCCACCACCUUACUAUUGCACCCCCAUGCUCAAUGCACUCCAUCAAGGCGGCCAACACGGCUACACGACAAGCGGAUAUAGCUACGCCAGCAGCAACCAAGGCGGCCAUCUUGGCUACGCCAAUCGCCAUUAUGGUCGCCAGCGCGACAAUUACCGUGGCCAAAGCCCGUAUCGCCAACAUCAAGGGUCCGCCCGUUACGGCAGCUGCUAGAAUGACUGGCACCGUGAUUACCGCGGUCUUCGCAGUAAUCACAUUAUCUCAUUAUCUCCAUCACUCCUCGGGAGUGGAUCUAGCCACGUAUGAUGGCAAGUUCAAAUCAACCUACGAUGAACGUACCGGGUUGUAUGUCAUUUGA